AUGUCUGUGAACGAACAACAGAAUGAAGAAGAGAAAUUCAUUCACGGUGUUACUGCGUUACCUGAACCUAUGUGCUUGGUUGGACUUCCGUACCAAUUCCACGACAUGUCAAGAUUUUGCUCGAAUGAUGUGCUUUUCGAUGCCUUAAGUAUCGAUACCACGUUCAAUCUGGGAGAGUUCUAUUGCUUUUUGCCAUUUGACUCAUCCAAACUCAAGGAAGUUGAUAAUGGCUGUAUUGAUUUGAAGGCCGUAGUGACGGAUGGAGAUUCAGCACUCAUUAAUGCUUUGAAAGUAUUUUAUCCUGGAACUCCACUAUUGAGAUGUCGCAGGCACUUCAGAGACAACUGCAUUGAUAAACUGAAAUCUCUUGGGAUAAAAGGGGAUGAUCAAAAGUACUUCCUGGACAGCAUAUUUGGAACAACUWUAGAUGGUGUGCAUCAUGAAGGGCUGUUGGAUUGCUCAGAUGAUGAACUUUUUGAUGCUUUGCUUUUAUCGCUUCAAGCAGAAAGAAACCAAAAGGAAUUACAGUUGAGACCUCAAGCCCAAACCGCGGAAUUCCAUCCUUGGUUAGUAAAGCAUGCCACAAUGAUGAAAGAGUCCCUUUGUGCAGGAGCAAUGAAGAAGGCUGGUCUGACAGAAAAUUCCAUCACAACUAAUAGUUCUGAAAGCAUAAAUCAUGUUUUGAAGGAAGCUGCUAACUACGAGGAAAUGACACUUCCGGAAUUCAUAGCUCUUUCUAAAGCUUUAGCAGAAGGUCAACGGCAGGAGCAGUUAAGGGCAGUGGUGAGAAAAGGAAAAUACAGAUUUAAAAAAGAAUUUUCAUUUCUCCAAGUUCCAGAGGCAAAAUGGGUACAUGAAAUGAGCUACCAUCAAAAGCAGCAGCAUCUAAAUAAAGUUUUGAACACAGAAGUUAGUUCUGGAUCAGGAGCUCAAGCAAUGGCAGCUUCAUCUUCACCUUUGCCCGUUUCAUAUUCUAGCUUGAAACAUAUUCCUGUAACUGUUCUGGCGUGUAUCUGGGACAAGGCGUCGGAGUACCUCAACACCCCAAAUAGCAUUGUCCAAGUUCCUUCAAAUGACGAAAACACCCUCAACUUCUCUGUGCACACGGCUUCACAGCCAGUAGAACUACGAUUAACUGGUGGACGUACCCCUAACACUGGGCAAGUUGAGCUAAGGUAUCAUGGCGUCUGGGGAACAAUAURUGACUUUAAAUUGUCCGAUUCUACUAAUGAUGUUAUCUGCCGCAUUCUUGGGUAUUCUGGGGAAAACAAAGACCAGAGGUACGUUUAUUACAAAAACAGGCCAAAACUCGACAUAGUUUGGCUCUAUAAGGUGAAAUGUAAUGGAUCAGAGGACUCUAUUCUGAAGUGUAACUAUCCAGAGAUUGGGGACGCCAUGUAUGUUUGUAACCAUAACAACGCCCUUGGUGUUAGUUGUAAGUUAGGCACAGACGUUGUCCAUACAAAUCCAGCGGUCUUACCUACAAAUACAGAAGUAGUUCUUCCUCACUCCUCCAGUGAAGGAACACGUGAUGGAACACGUGAUGGAACACGUGAUGGAACAGUCCUUGGGAUCCUUGUUGCAUUCGUCUUCCUGGCCAUUUCAUAA